GCCUCAACUUUUUUUAUUUGACGAAAAGUUAAUAUUGAAAUACUAUUGAUUUGGCCAUUAGUUUUGUUUGACGUGAGCGGGUCAAAUUUAGGAUCCAGAUUGAAACCAACCCACCCGAAUCCUUAAACCCUGUUGUGUUCUGUUAUCGUUUCUCUCGGGUUUUCAAAUUUCAGCCAAACCCCUAAUUCCGAUUCUUCAAACUCUUAAGAUCCUUCGAAUUCAUCUCCAUCUCUGAAAAUUACUGCUAUUUUCCCAAUAAAAUCUAAUAUUUCUUCGCAAUGAAACACUAUUUUACCCGCUUCAUUUCUCAAUCCCUCUCCCGCCUCCCCAAAUCCAUCACACCCAGUCCCCGAAUCGAAACCCCGCUGAAAAACCCUAAUCUGAUUCGAAGAUUCUCGGAUACAGCUCAGGAGUCGAAGCCUGCCUCAUCGCAACGAGUAGAUGAAAUCGUUGACGAACUUUCUGGUCUAACACUGCUCGAAAUAGCGGACUUAGCUGAGGUUCUGAGGCAGAAAUUGGGGAUUGAGGAAAUGCCGAUGAUGGCAGUUAUGAUGCCCGGGAUGGGAUUUGGACCGGGAAUGGCGGGGACGAAGGGGAAAGGCGCCGGAGGCGCGGCGAAAGAGGAGGAGAAGAAGGAGAAGACGUCGUUUGAUUUGAAGCUCGAGGGCGGUUUCGAUGCGGCUUCGAAAAUUAAGAUUAUUAAGGAAGUGAGGGCGUGCACGGAUCUGGGCUUGAAGGAGGCGAAGGAUUUGGUGGAAAAAGCGCCGACUUUGCUGAAGAAAGGCGUGACGAAGGAUGAGGCUGAGAAGAUUAUCGGGAAGAUGAAGGAGAUCGGGGCUAAAGUGAUCAUGGAGUGAGCAAUGAUGGAGCAGGCGGGGUGAUAUCCACAUAUACAAGCAACUUGAUGAGCAAAGGGAAGAACCAGACUGAUUUUCUACAGAUCCAGAGAUUUUGGCAGAAUAUGCUUUUACAUCUUUUUAUAAGCAGCGAAGGAUUGCCUUCAACUUGUAAAAACCUAGUUGCAGCUUCAUACUUGAACUAUUCAUUUAGCAGAUCCCAGUGGUUAUUAGUGUAGAAUUGCUUUGGAUUUACAUUUAGAGAUGUUAAACAUAUUUCCUUUAUUUCUCUAAUUGAGAGGAAAUUGAUU